UUCAAGCUCACACAAAUGUUUUGAUCUUGGUGUUUCAGAGUACAGUGCACCCUACUACCGAACAACUUUGAAGAAGCAAAAUGUCAGGGUCUGUAAUUUCUUCCUUAAAUGAGUUACGAGUGGUACUCAUUAGACCAGGCAAAUAUGGUUCAUACACUGUGGCAGAUACCAUAUUGGGAGAAGAGGUCUUUAAGGCUGAAAAAAUCACUCUGAAGUGUACAAGUACAAAUGGGGAAGUGAGUGGAAGGAAGAUCUGUUUGGUCAAGCCUCCAAUGUGGAUAAGUGGGUAUUAUCUGUGUGACACACCAAACCUUGUGAAAGAUGAACUUGUGCUCAGUGUAACUCAGUGCCCACCUGGACCUCAUGCUUUCAUCAUCCAGAUUGAGGCUAACCUGCCAUUCACCAACCUAUGCAGGAGAUCAGUGGAGCAGCACUUGGAGCUACUUGGAGAGAAUGUGUGGAAUCACACUUUAGUGCUUUUCACUCAUUUGGAUUGGCAGGACAACUACACAGUUGAGCAGCAUAUUGAGAGUGAAGGAAAGGCCCUCCAGUGGCUGUUAAAUAAAUGUGCGAACAGGUAUCAUGUUUUUGACAGUGUUCAGAAUGACCUUCAGGUCGAACAGUUAUUCUGGAAGGUGGAAGAGAUGGUUACAGGAAACAAUGGCCGCCAUUUUGAAAUUGACAGUGCACUGCUGAGUCGCACUGAACAAAGAAGGAGUGAAGUGGAAAAGAAGGCAAAGGAAAGACGUCUAAGAUUGCAAGUGGAAAAAAAGCAGCCUAAAAGACAAGAAGACCUCAGACUUGUAAUGUUAGGAUGGGUCAUGGCUGGAAAAAGUGCAUCCGGAAACAUCAUCUUAAAUACGGAUGACUUUGGAAAAGAGGGACACACAACAAGGAGUGUUAAAUAUUAUGGAGAGGGAGAGGAACAUAGGACAACCAUUGUCGACACACCAGGAUGGUGGAAGUUCUUGGGAGCAGAGUUCACAUCAGACUCAGUAAAGGACGAGAUCCUGGAAGGUGUGUCUAUGUGCUCUCCAUAUCCCCAUGCCUUCCUCCUGGUGAUCCCUGCAGAUGCGUCCUUCACAGAAGAACUGAAGAAGAUUGUACAAGACAACAUGAAGCUUCUAGGAGAGCAAGUUUGGAGCCACACCAUAGUGGUCUUCUCUGAAGGCAAGUGGUUGGGUGACUUUACCAUUGAGGAUCACAUUGAGAGUGAGGGGGAAGCACUACAGUGGCUGAUAGAAAAAUGUGGGAACAGGUAUCACAUCUUUGACAGAGACGUGAAGGACAUAAAUAAUGUCCCAGAGCUGGUGAGAACAAUACAAGAGAUGGUGUCAGGGAACAGUCCAUAUGAGGCGAGCAGAGAGACACAGAGCCCUGUGGAGGACAAGGUCUUCACAGUUGUCCAGAAAGAAUAUGCACCACUUUUAAAGAUGGUGGAACUGCUCUACAGCCAAUGGGACUGGAAAACCGCAGAAUGGAAUGGAAUUGAGCAUCAACUAUGCAUGGAACCAAGAACACCUCGUUCACAGGGAAAUUGGAGCAUGGAGGCGCCCCUAACUUUAAGAUGCAAACCCAGAGAGACACAUCAUAGAAGUGACCAACAGGAAAAGACAAUAGAAACUUUGUUUGGCAAAUGUUUUGGGAGAGGAAAGCAGAGCUUCUCUGAAUUAAUGGAGCGUACCUUGAAUAACGAUACAAGGAAGUUACAGGAAUCUUUGGGUGUUGAUUCACUUGAGUCUGGGGAGACAGUACUCAAAGCCCAAUGGAAGAAACAAAUUGAGAGGGAGUGGAGUCGAAGAGAUAACAAAUUGAUGUAUGAUGUCAUACGCAAAUUGUCAGAGCGAGUGACAAAUACUGAUUUCACCUCCAAUCCUGAUUCUGGAGUAAUGGCGAGAUCUAUAUGGAAAGUUGACAAAUGGUUAAGAACAUUGAAUGGAGUCAAUGCAUGGGUGAAGGAUCCUGAGGAUAUGGCUCUGCACCAAACUUCGCCAAACAGUAGUGGCAGAGUGCUUUUGUUUUGAACUGUGGGGACUGUGGGGAGUGUUUGACAGCAGGAGGGGAAAGGUUAUUAUAGAAUUAUGCCAGGAUAAUCAUUGUGGUGUGAUAUUAUACAGCAACUGUUUUCUUAUAAUAUCCUUACAAUAUUAUUAGUGAGAUCAAAAAGUAUAACUUGAUUAAAUUUGUCAGGAAUGGUCCUCAUUAACCGAACACAGAGUUCAAAACAGCCAUGUUUUGUCAUUAGUUGCUAGUUUGGGAGUCUACACCCUAGCUUGCUGUACAUUUGUAGUAAGUUUGCACUCACUUUUAGCUCAAAGUGCAAACACAUGUAACCUUGACCUCAUACAACCACUGUUAUCAGUGCCAAAUAAUUAAUUGAACUUUAUAAUUGCAUCUACAGUGCCCUCCAAAAGUAUUGGAACAGUGAGGCGAAUUCCUUUAUUUUUGCUGUAGACUGAAAACAUUUGG